AGAAGAAGAAGAAGAGGGAGCUGGGCAGAGAGACGUCACACGUUGUUGACGACAGGCGAGUGCCGCAGCCCCACAGCCCUUUACGUCGCUAGCUUCACGACUUCGUGCAGGCCGACGUUCAUCAGCAAUAUGUGCGUCCCGAGCGGAUGUGGGAAUUGAAACGAAAAUAGAAUGGUCCUGCUUAUUGGAGUGAUGCCAUAGGCGAAGGCGACGCUGUCCGGUCUCUCCGAGGAGAGAGUGAGAGAGAGAGGUGUCCUCAGAAAUGGCAACUGAACUCCACGAGACCAUAUUCAUGGCCAAGCAGGAGCGCCACAAGAACCUGUUCCUGAACUACAGGAACCUGAGCAUUUUCCCCGUGGAGCUGCUGAAAGGCGAAGGCCUGCAGUUCCUGGAGCGACUCUACAUGAAGAGGAACUCCCUCACCACACUGCCUGACAAUCUUGCCCAGAAGCUCCCAAAUCUGAUUGAACUGUAUUUGCACUCAAACAACAUAGUCAUCAUUCCUGAAGCUAUAGGAAACCUGGUCCGGCUCCAGUCGCUGGACCUGAGCAACAACGCCCUCCAGCUCCUUUGUCCAGAGAUUGGCCGACUGAGGUCUCUACGGCACCUGAGACUGUCCAACAAUCAGCUGAAAUGCCUCCCUCCAGAUAUCGGCGAUCUGCACGAGCUGGAGACUCUGGACGUGUCGAUGAACCAGUUGAUCUCUCUGCCAGAUCGUCUGCACCGCUGUCUGUCUCUGCAGAAUCUGACAGCGGACCACAACCUGCUGAGUCACAUUCCCCGGCAGCUGUGCUGGCUCCACCGCCUCAACCAGCUCUCCAUGGCCGCCAACCGGCUGACCUUUCUACCGCUCGAUCUGGGCAGAUCGCGGGAGCUGCAGUUUGUGUUUGUGGACAACAAUGGGGACCUAAAGGGCCUCCCCUCCUACUUGUACAACAAGGUCAUCGGCUGCAGCGGGUGCGCUGUGUCGUCGCGAGUGUCGCAGGGUGAGCGGGGUGAGGCGGCGGGUGAGGCGCUGAGUGAGGCUCUGGUCGGGUUGCCAGCUGAAGUGAAGGUGGUGGGCUCAGAGACGGAUAACGUGGUUCCCCUGGAGGAACUCGCCAUGAGGACACUGCACCGCAUCUACCACCACCACCCAACAGAACUUAACUUGUUGCCGCCCAUCACCCUCCCAAAGAGCCUGCUGGACCUGCUGCAGUUCCCCCUGGGUCACUGUCAUCGCUGCAGCCAGGCCAUGUUUACCAUCAUCUACCCCAAACUCUUCCCCCUGCGUGACACCGCCCUGGCAGGAGUGCACCGCCGGACGACGGUGAGUUUCGUGGCCUAUUGCUGCUCCAGUCACUGCCUCCGGACGUUUGACCUGCAGGGCUGACGUCCCUGUGCACAGAAGUCGAAGCAGAAGCCAUUGACUGGUUCCCACAAGGGGAAAGUUAACGGCUUGCGAUUUGUGUGGAUCUUGAAGGUCUGUGCUGCCACAGUGCAGGAAGUCAGUGCUUGAUUUAACAGUACGUAGAAGCAGAAAGCAGCAGCCUGUGUGGAAUGUGUGGUGGCUCAGAUCGUGGACACAGGACAUGUUCAACAGUCUGCAGACAAAGACCCAAACCUACGUCGGGAGUGUACUUUGACGAAUGUACACCUGUGUGUGUGUGUGCGUGUGCGUGCGUGCGUGUGCGUGCGUCAUCAGUCAUUUUUCACGCAGACGUUUUUUGCAGCAGACAUCCCAUUGAUUUGUGGACUUAUCUUUGAAGUAUUAUAAAUUACAGUAAUGUUAUAUCUAUGUCAUCCUACUGCAUUAACCUUCCUACAAAGGCCACAUGUCUGUGAGCAGGACACUCUAGUCCCACAGGGCAUUACAUACAGUAAACACUUGUGAUGGGUAAUCUGCAGUUGAGACAAUUCCAACAUGACAUAAUAUAUGAGGUCAGACUCAUAGUCAUAAUUGUGACUUCAUUUCUAAAAUCUCGGUACUCGUCACUAAGAUGAGCCAAGGAUUAGUUUCACAUAUUGGUUUAAACAGAUUCCAGAAUAUUGUCAGUUAUAUUCUAAGGCUGGUAUCCAUCGUUGGAUAUUGGUUUCUGGAGCAAAGCGUCAUGUGAUUAUUAACACAUGAAAAACAAAAGCGUGUUUUUUCAUUACCAGCAUUAAAUUUAACAGUCACAGUGGUCAGAUCACGCAGUUAGUUUCCUGCCCUUCGGAAGCACUGUGUGAUCUCUUGACGCUUGCGUGUUCAUAUUCAUUACUAUGAUGUACAGUUGUAAGUUAUCAUUUGUUUUUGAUUGUGUUGCAUUUGGCAGUAAAUGUUGACCGACGAUUGA